UCCUGGGAUGAUCCUGGCCGCAACUCCUGGCACCGGGUGUCCAUUUCUCGGCGUGAGGAAGAAGUGGGCGAUGGUGCAAAGUUUGCAGCAGAUAGGAGUGGACGCGCCCGGCCUCUGACCCCAACAUGGCUGCCUCAGGGCUCAUGUAGAUUAUGUUGAAGGUCUAUGGAGGCAAGGUUUCUCUGUUAUUCCUAAUAAUAGCUCAGACAAUGGGAUUCAUUUGUGUUAUGAUGAGUCUGCAAUACAAGAAGACUCCUCCUGUAGAGAAACCUGAGAACAUGCACAUCCUUAUAAUAUCUACUUGGAGAUCGGGUUCUUCCUUUACUGGUCAAAUCUUCAGUCAGCAUCCUGAUGUCUUCUAUCUGAUGGAACCUGCUUGGCAUGUGUGGGCUUCUUUGCCAAAUAAUAAUGUUAAAGUCUUACAAAUGGCUGUGCGGGACUUGAUCCGUUCUAUCUUUUUAUGUGACAUGUCCGUAUUUGAUGCCUAUAUGCCACAGGAAAGGGUUAAAACAACUUUGUUUCAAUGGGAGACCAGUCGAGCUUUGUGUUCUCUACCUGCCUGCAAUCUUUUUAAGCGUAAUGACAUCAUAUCCCAGACUGAUUGCCGUAAGCUUUGUCGUGGAUACCCAUUUGACACCAUUGAAAAUUCAUGUAAGACCUACAGCCAUAUUAUAAUGAAAGAAGUGAGAAUAUUUGAUUUGAAGAGCAUUUAUCCAUUAUUUAAAGAUCCAUCUCUCAACCUCAAAGUCCUACACUUGGUGCGAGAUCCCCGUGCUGUCUUUCAGUCCCGGGAGAAAACAUCUCAAGAGCUCUCUUAUGAUAAUGAUAUCAUUGUAAAGAGCUUACCAAAAAGCAAAUUUAGUAAUGAAAGGAAGGACAUUCCCUAUAAACUAAUAGAAACAAUAUGUAAGAGUCAAGUAGACAUCUAUCUUUCGGUUAACAAUGGCAGACACAGUGCCCUAAAUAGUCGUUAUAUGAUGGUACGUUAUGAAGACAUAGUAAGGGAUCCUAUUGAAAAAGCUAGGCAGAUGUAUGAAUUCGGUAAACUAAAUUUCACCCCGAAACUAAAAAACUGGAUACACAAUUUAACCCACGGGAAAGGCCAAGGGAACAGUUUUGUUAUCAACUCCAGAGAUGCAGUCAACGUCUCUAAGGCAUGGAGGAAGUCUCUACAGUUUGAAUCUGUUCAAAAGAUACAAGAUUUGUGUGCCGAGGCCAUGGAAGUUUUUGGGUACAAACGUCUUAAAAGCAAAGAGGCACAAAAUGACUUAAAUUAUGAAUUAUUGCUGCCUAUACCAGAAAGAGCAAAAACAAGUGGGAAACUUUCUGAUUCUGAAUCAUGA